AUGUCGACAGCCCUGGAGGAGUUCUGCGGCUCCAUCUUUUGGAAUGCCUCCUACCUUGCUCGUCCGGAUGCCGACCUGCCCGUGUGCUUCCAGCAGACUGUGCUGGUCUGGGUCCCCCUUGGCUUCUUCUGGAUUUUGGCUCCAUGGCAGCUCCUGCCCAUGUGCAAAUCCAGCACCAAGAAAUCAUCUGUGACCAAACUCUACAUCAUCAAACAGGUGCUGGCUACCUUGCUGAUGCUGACAGCAGUGGCGGAGUUGGCCCUGGCAUUUGUAGAGGACACGGAGCAGGACCCCCUGCCAGCUGUCCAGUACACAAACCCUAGCCUGUAUAUUGCCACCUGGCUCCUGGUCCUGCUGAUCCAAGAUGCGCGACGCUUCUGCUUGUGCAGAGACUCAGGGAUACUUUUCUGCUUCUGGACCCUGUCCCUGCUGUGUGGGAUAUUGCCGUUCCAGUCGCUCCUCCGGAGAGCCCUGCAGGCACCAAUCUCCGAUGUGCCACGGUUUGUCCUUUUUUUCAUCUCCUAUGGGCUCCAGCUGCUCCUGUUCCUUGUCUCAGGCUUCUCAGACACUUUUGAAACCUCUGGGAACCCAGAGGUGACAGCCUCCUUCCUGAGCUCCAUCACCUUUGAAUGGUACACCAGCACCGUUUUCAAGGGCUAUCGCAAGCCCUUGGAGAUAGAGGACAUAUGGGAAUUGAAAGAUAAAGACAAGACGCAAGCUAUUUACGCUGGUUUGGAGAAGAAUGUGAAGACUGCGGUGAGGAAGGCCCAAGCAGAACUGGAGAAACGGAAACGAAAGAAAAGACGCUGGGAAGGUGGCCCAGACCAUGGGAACAACAUGAGCAAGGCCCAGAGCCAAGACAUCCUGGUGCUGGAGAAGCAGCCGAAGAGGAAGAAGAAGGGAGACAAAGGGGACUCUGGCCCUCGCAAGGAUUACCCCAGGGGUUGGUUGGUGAAGACGCUGUGCAAGACCUUCUGGCAGAACCUCCUGCUAUCAGUGGCUUUCAAGCUGGUGCAUGAUGGACUUGUGUUUGUCAGCCCCCAGCUGCUGAAGUUGCUGAUCGCCUUUGUGUCAGAUGAGGAGUCCUUUGCCUGGCAAGGCUAUCUGUACGCCAUCCUGCUCUUCCUGACGGCGGUGAUCCAGUCCCUCUGCUUGCAGCGGUACUUCAGCUUGUGCUUCCAGCUUGGCAUAAAUGUGCGUGCCAGUCUCAUCACUGCCAUCUACAAGAAGGCACUCACCAUGUCCAGUGCCACCCGUAAGGAGUCCACGGUGGGAGAGACUGUGAAUCUGAUGUCAGCUGACGCCCAGAGGUUCAUGGACAUGGCCAACUUCGUUCACCAGCUGUGGUCAUCCCCCCUGCAAAUUAUCCUGUCCAUUGUCUUCCUCUGGCAAGAGCUGGGCCCCUCUGUCCUGGCUGGCAUCGCAGUCAUGGUGCUGCUCAUCCCCAUAAAUGGGUUCCUGGUUGCCAAGGCCAAAACCAUUCAGGUGAGGAACAUGAAGAACAAGGAUGAACGCAUGAAAGUACUGAGUGAAAUCCUCAAUGGAAUCAAGAUCCUGAAGCUUUUUGCCUGGGAGCCCUCAUUUGAGAAGCAAGUCAAUGAGAUCCGGGCACGUGAGCUCAAGGACUUGCUGAACUUCAGUUACCUGCAGUCAAUCUCUAUCUUCGUGUUCACGUGUGCCCCCUUCCUGGUCUCCUUGGCCAGCUUUGCUGUCUAUGUGCUGGUGGAUGAGAAAAACAUCCUGGAUGCACAGAAGGCCUUUACUGCCAUCUCUCUUUUCAAUGUGCUGCGCUUCCCCAUGGCCAUGCUGCCCUUGGUCCUCUCUUCCCUGGUGCAGACCAAUGUGUCGACUGCGAGACUAGAGCGCUACCUGGGUGGAGAAGACCUGGACACCUCAGCUAUCCACCACAACCCCAUUGCAGGCAGCGCUGUGCGUUUCUCGGAGGCCACCUUUGCCUGGGAGCUGGAUGGUAACGCUGCGAUAAGAGAUAUCACCCUGGACAUCGCACCUGGGAGCCUGGUGGCUGUGGUGGGGGCUGUGGGCUCAGGCAAAUCUUCGCUGGUGUCAGCCAUGCUCGGAGAGAUGGAGAAUAUCAAGGGACACAUCAACAUCCAGGGCUCCCUGGCCUACGUCCCACAGCAGGCCUGGAUUCAGAAUGCCACACUGAAAGACAACAUCCUUUUUGGGUCAGAACUGGACGAAGCCAGGUAUCAGCAGGUCAUUAAGGCCUGUGCCCUCCUUCCAGACCUGGAAUUACUGCCUGCAGGUGACCAGACAGAGAUUGGAGAGAAGGGCAUUAACCUGAGUGGGGGCCAGAAGCAGCGAGUCAGCCUGGCCCGGGCAGUGUACAGCAACGCAGACAUCUACAUCCUGGACGACCCGUUGUCUGCUGUGGAUGCUCAUGUCGGCAAGUACCUCUUCGAGCAUGUGCUGGGGCCAAAAGGGCUGCUGCAAAAGAAGACACGGAUCUUGGUGACGCACAGUAUCAGUUUCCUGCCCCAGGUCGAUAACAUCGUGGUGCUGGUGGCAGGAGCAGUGUCUGAGCAUGGCUCCUACAGCACCCUGCUUGCAAACAGGGGGGCCUUUGCCCAGUUCCUGAACUUGUACGGCAGCCAGGAGGAGGAUUCUUCAGAGAAAAAUAUCACAGUUGGGGAUGAAGAGCAGGGUGAUGAAGACAUUGAGCCUUGCGUGGAGGAGGGCCCUGAUGAUGUGGUGACCAUGACCCUGAAGCGAGAGGCCAGCAUCCGUCAGAGAGGGUUCAGCCGCAGUAACAGGACCCAUCCAGCACCCUGUGACUAACACUGCCCAUCACCUCCCUGCAGCCUUAGUAAAAGCAGCACCAAUUCCUGGAAGGAGGCCCAGGAGGAGCCCCCCAAGAAGCUGAAGGGCCAGCAACUGAUCGAGAAAGAAGCUGUGGAAACUGGCAAGGUGAAGUUCUCCAUGUACCUGCGGUACCUGCGUGCUGUUGGCUUGUGGUAUUCUUUCUGGAUUGCCAUGGGCUACGUUGGACAGUACGUCGCCUUCGUGGGGACCAACCUGUGGCUCAGCGCCUGGACUGAUGAUGCGCAGCGCUACCUGAACAAGACUUAUCCCGUGGAGCAGCGAGACCUGCGGAUCGGUGUCUUUGGGGCGCUGGGGGUGUCACAAGCUCUCUUCCUGCUCUUUGCAACCAUCCUGUCUGCUCAUGGGACCAUGCGAGCCUCCCGGGUUAUGCAUCAGCAACUGCUCAGCAACAUCCUGCGUGUGCCCAUGAGCUUUUUUGACACAACCCCAACUGGCCGCAUUGUGAAUAGGUUUGCCAAGGACAUCUUCACGAUAGAUGAGACCAUUCCCAUGUCCUUCCGCAGCUGGCUCUCCUGUUUCAUGGCCAUCAUUAGCACAUUGCUCAUGAUCUCCCUGGCCACCCCAUUCUUCGCUCUCAUUAUCAUUCCCUUGGGCAUCUUCUACUAUUUUGUGCUGCGCUUCUAUGUCUCCACAUCACGCCAGCUACGGCGUCUGGACUCUGUCACCAGGUCUCCCAUCUACUCCCACUUUGGUGAGACAGUGUCAGGCCUUUCCGUGAUCCGGGCCUACGGACACCAAGAACGGUUCCUGCAGCAAAAUGAGAGGACCAUGGACAUAAAUCAGAAGAGUGUUUAUUCCUGGAUAGUCUCAAAUAGGUGGCUGGCCAUCCGUCUGGAGUUUGUUGGGAGCCUGGUGGUCUUCUUCUCUGCACUUCUAGCGGUGAUUUCAAAGGGCACUUUGGAGGGCGGCAUUGUCGGUCUUUCUGUCUCCUCGGCCCUCAAUGUGACCCAGACACUGAACUGGCUGGUGCGGACGUCUUCAGAGCUGGAGACGAACAUUGUGGCUGUGGAGCGGGUACACGAGUACACAAAGGUGAAGAACGAGGCUCCGUGGGUGACAGAAAAGCGUCCACCCCGUGGCUGGCCCAGCAAAGGCGAGAUCCAGUUCAUUGACUACAAAGUUCGCUACCGACCUGAACUGGAGCUAGUUCUUCAGGGGAUCACCUGCAAUAUUGGGAGCACCGAGAAGGUUGGGGUUGUGGGCCGGACUGGGGCUGGAAAAUCAUCCCUCACCAACUGCCUCUUCCGGGUACUGGAAGCUGCUGGAGGGUCGAUCAUCAUUGAUGAGGUGGAUAUAGCGACGAUUGGCCUCCAUGACCUGCGCCAGAACCUCACCAUCAUUCCCCAGGACCCCGUACUCUUUACUGGUACCCUGCGGAUGAACCUGGACCCCUUUGACCGGUACACAGAUGAGGAGGUCUGGAAGGCCCUCGAGCUGGCCCACCUGAAGACAUAUGUGCAAGACCUUCCCCAGGGGCUGCUGCAUCUUGUGAGCGAGGGAGGGGAGAACCUGAGUGUUGGGCAGAGGCAGCUGGUGUGCCUGGCCCGGGCCCUUCUCCGCAAAGCCAAGAUUCUCAUCCUGGAUGAAGCAACAGCAGCCGUAGAUCUGGAAACUGAUCAUUUAAUCCAGACGACGAUCCGGAGUGAGUUUGCUGACUGUACUGUCCUUACUAUCGCCCACCGCCUCCACACCAUCAUGGACAGCAACAGGGUGAUGGUGCUGCAGGCUGGGAGGAUUGUGGAAUAUGACAGCCCUGAGGAGCUGCUGAAGAAGCAGGGCAUCUUCUCUGCGAUGGCAAAGGACGCCAGCAUCACGAAUACAGAAAACACCAUGCUGUAGGUGGAGCAGAGCAGUGUGCGGGUGUGUGCAUGGGCAGCUCCCUCCCGCUGACACUCACCAAGCAGGCAGCGGGUCUCCCCGCACCUGGGCUGCC